AUUCCACUUAUCAGGGCCAGUUAUCAUGUCACUGUGAUCGACCUUCAAUGCCAUCUCCCCAGUCCGAUCCUCACUUUCUCAAUGUCGAUCUACCACACAAACCUCUUGUGGACCCGCUCUGGAUUCCUCCGAGGAGUUGAAUCGGGAUUUGGAGGUGGAAUCGACCCUUGGUUGGCUCCGGAAUGGUGUCGGCAUCAACUUGAAAGGGGACGUUCGGGGAGCGGAAUUAUAUAUGCGAUCUGGGUACCAGCUUUAGGAUACAUGGCUACGCAACAGGAGAUGGAACGAGAGAAAACUCUCAUAAUGUCCUCCCCUCUGAAAAACACGUCCAAUAACGCAUCUGACGCGUCCAGUGAUACACCUAAUGCUUCCAUCCUCCACUUGAAUGCCAAUUUCACGGACGGAAUCACGGUGUUGACAACAGCGCCUGCGGCAAAUGACUUUUUGGGAGAAAAAACUGGUCCAUUUGCAGACCUAAGGGCACUUGUCAAGAAACACACUACAAUGGCCCACAGGGCCAGCUUUCAGCCACUUCCCUCCCUGGAAAACGUAGUUCGGGAUGUUGCACAGCACCUGUGGGGACAUACACUCCCCAAAACUAUUGGAACAAUUGGCAACAUAUUUGACGCCAUCUCACUGACAAAUGACUUAAGUUUCGAAAUAUUCCUAGAGACAUGCAUUGCCGCAUAUGCAAAGAAACGUGGCAAGUCACCUCAGGAGGCCAUGGAAUGUUUCCGUUCACAUGUUCCGACUGGGAAAGAUAGCUCAGAGGCAGGAAGCCUUCGUAAGGCAGAGCAAUUGAAGAUCGAAGAGAAAUACCCUGAGAGGGCCAAUGAAGCAAAGGCUUUUUAUGACAAGUUGCUCGUGCAUUAUGGGGAUGCAAUCCUACCAAAAGACGAGAGGGAAAGACGAUCUGAAAAGGGCUUCUACUUGCUACAAAAGCUGACUGGCAGAUACGCUGCUCAGGCUUCCACGCUCAGCUUGAUUUACCCUGUUGGCAUUGCACUUGUGGGCUUCACUUCCGAUGAAGCAGUGCCACCACAAGAGUCAACCAUUGCGUUCACCAGUUCACCAUUCAUCGCUGAACUAGUGAAAACAUUGGGAUUACCCUUUACUCAACAGGCCGCGCAAAGUAUGAGGUCCCUGUAUGAUGGAGUAUCAGCAUUCAGCCCUUAUCAGCCCAAUGCUGCCAAACAAAAAGCUUUCCUCCAUCACCUUAGUGAUUUCAAGGCCCCUGUGAAGUCUGAGAAUGAGGAACAUAGUAUAUCGGGCCUUAUGAAGGCCAUCGUGCAACAUGCCAAAAAAACUGUCCAUUUUAAUGAUGACUUAGAGAGGCAUCCAGGUGGCAGCGACGUAUGUGUGAAGCCGAAGGCUAUAGAUGAGGAUAAUGUGGACUUUUAUACACCAGUGAUGAAAAACGAGGAUGGCUUCGCUAUUGAAAUCGACAAGGAGUUUGUAUGUCUUCAGGUUGAGCCUGGGUGA